AUGUCUAUCUCACAGGUACCCACCGGUCCUAUUACUGAGGAGAUUAUCUAUCGAAUACAAGUCAGUAGAAAAAGUUAUGGAAAGAUAUGCACAAACGACAUAGGAUUUGCCGACUUGCCAAUGAGAAAUUGUCCAGCGACUACUGAUAUCGAAUGUGACGAGCAGAGCAGGACCACUCAUUCCGUAUAUCUUGAUUGUUCAACUCGAGAUUGUAUUUCAUUUCCACCUCCACCAUGCCAGACAGAACACGUCGAAAUCCGGCCCAUAGGUCACCCAUUGCUUGAACGUGGACCACAUAAACGGCC